CACGUCCUCCAGCAUGCAAGCAUGCAAUUUGACAAGUUCCAAAAAUUUUCCUCACCCGACACGAUUAUGGGCUUCGUGCUCCAGCUUUUGCAUCUGGUCGGUUUGGACGGGCCGGGUCGUGCGUCAAGAAUUCGACUCGCUAGUGUUAUGCUGUUUUAUCUCACGUUCAUCGUAAUACCGGAACUGACCGGAGGGUACACGGAUGUACAUCAGUUCGUACGGACCGGUGUGGAGCUGCUGUUCAACUGCAACAUAUUCGUUGGUGGAAUGCUUUUCGCUCUUGAAGUUACCUCCUUCCGGAUGUUCAUCCGAGAGCUAAAGUUCCUUGCGAUGUUGGCAAGCUCACUAUCGUACAAAUUAAAACAUGCUAUGGCCCGGUUUAACUAUCGAGCAAACACCUUUGCCAAGCUGCAAACGUUAUGCAUGGGUGUGAUUGCCCUUGCCUACUGGGUGGCACCAUUGCCGUCCAUCUACUGGUUCUACUAUCAUCCGGACAAUGCCACCGAACCACCGGUGCGUUUGGUGCAGCAUUUGGAGGUGAAGUUCUACUGGCUCGAAAAUCGUACCAUGCUCAAGGAUUAUGUGGCGUUCGCGGUGAUCAUGCUGCCCGUCGUUUGCAUGUGCAGUGCGGUGUGCAAUAUUAAGGUGAUGACCAUUUCGGGCAGCAUCGCUUACUGCACACUGUUCACCAGGCUAACUGCAAACGCGAUAGAACAGCUGCCCGAUGUUACACCUGCCGGGUGGAACCCGAAAGCACUGUCGCACGUUGUGAGUAUGCAUGCUAGUUUGCUGAAAACGAUACACUUGCUCGAUAGGACAUUGCGAUCGGUAUUACUGCUGCAGUGGCUAGGUUGCGGCUUAAAUUGGAGCAUUUCACUUGUGUAUCUCACCAAUACCGGCAUCUCCUUCAAAUCGAGCACCGUGUGCGUAAUGUUUUUGCUAGCCACCUCGGAAACAUUCCUAUACUGCUGGUUAGGAUCGCGGCUUGCGACGCAGCAAGAACGAUUGGAACGUGCGAUCUACGCCAAACGUUGGUACAACUAUCCAAGAAACGAGCGGUGCAGUGUACUGACCAUUCUGAGACAGGCUCAGAAACCGGCCGUCAUUACGGUGGGCAAGUUUUUCCGUGUCAACCUGGAGGAAUUUAGCAGAAUCGUGAACCUUUCCUAUUCGGCGUACGUCGUUUUGAAGGAUCAAAUCAAAAUGGAUGCGAUACUUCAAGUAUCAAUUAGCAUAGGAAACCCCCAGGAAAUUAGGAGUUCGAAUAAAACUCAAGACUGUUCUGUGCUGACUUUUCAUUUCAUUCUUCGGAUCUCGCCAGUACACUCGAUGGUGCUCCCGAAAUUAAAGGACGAAAAGGCGGUGAUGCCAUUUCUGCUCCGCAUCCAAACCAUUGCCGGGUUGUGGGGCGAUCGCUCUCAGCGGUACAGGUUCUACUUGAUCUUUUCCUACUUCUGUCUCAUGGUGGUGCUACCGAAGGUCCUGUUUGGCUACCCAGAUCUGGAGAUAGCCGUACGCGGUACGGCGGAGCUGAUGUUCGAAUCGAACGCAUUCUUCGGCAUGCUGAUGUUCUCCUUCCAGCGGGACAACUACGAGAAGUUAGUUCAUCAGCUUCAGGAUCUUGCCGCGCUUGGUGAGUUUUGCUUUGUAGUAUUGCAAAAUGGCGUAUAUCCGUCUCUACCCUCUUCCACAGUGCUGCAGGAUCUACCGGCCGAACUGGGACAGUACUUGAUCGCAGUCAAUCGACGAAUAGAUCGUUCCUCCAAAAUCUACUGCUGUUGCCACUUCUCCAUGGCAACGUUCUUCUGGUUUAUGCCCGUUUGGUCGACGUAUUCUGCGUACCGUGCCGCCGCCACAAACAGCACGGAACCGGUGGAACACGUGCUUCAUCUUGAGGAGGAACUUUACUUUCUCCACAUCCGAACCUCGCUUGUGCAUUACACCUUCUAUGCUGCGAUCAUGUGGCCAACGAUCUAUACGCUCGGGUUUACCGGCGGUACGAAGCUGUUGACCAUUUUCAGCAAUGUAAAGUACUGUUCGGCAAUGUUAAAGCUGGUUGCCCUCCGGAUGCAGUGUCUCACCGGAGUAAAGAGGGAGCGGGUGGAGGAAGAGCUAAACGAGAUCAUUUCGAUGCAUCAACGAGCACUCGACUGUGUCUUGUUGCUAGAGACUACAUUCCGCUGGGUGUUUUUCGUACAGUUCAUCCAGUGCACCAUGAUCUGGUGCAGCCUCAUCCUGUACAUCGCUGUGACGGGAUUUAGUUCAACGGUGGCAAACGUGUGUGUGCAAAUCAUUUUAGUGACGGUGGAAACUUACGGCUAUUGCUACUUCGGGACUGACCUGACCACGGAGAGCUAUGGAGUGGCACUGGCCGUUUACGAUAGUGAUUGGUACAAGUUCUCCGUAUCGAUGCGCCGGAAACUUCGGCUGCUGUUACAACGAUCCCAGAAACCGCUCGGAGUUACGGCGGGAAAGUUUCGUUUCGUCAACGUAGCCCAGUUCGGCAAAAUGCUGAAGAUGUCCUACUCGUUCUACGUGGUAUUGAAGGAACAAUUUUAGGAG